AUGGCCGCCAACCUUAUCUCCCUCAAGGACACAGAGCCAAAUAUGGAGCCCGAAUACGAGGUUAGACUUCGGCUCAACCCAGCCGAGGUUCUUGGCCCCGACCACAGACUAGCAGAAAAUGUGCUAUUGACCUUCGAUAUGCUCGCGGCCGACACUAAGUUAAAUGUCCAGUUCCUUGAUAGGAACUGCAAGGAGAUCUAUGCCGCCGGCUGGAGCCCACGCAUCCGCAAGACGGAGAACGAGGACGAUUUCGAGCUGACAUAUAAGAAGCGGUAUGCCAUCACGGGCGGUGACAUCGACGCUGCGCUUACUGCGGCUAAUGGGGAUGGUUUCAACGCUGGUGACGCGAAGUACGAGGCGCAGGUUGAAUGGGGUUACCGGAACCAGACACUCUCCAUAAGCCGCAAAAAAACCGGAUCGAAAUCUGAGAAUGAUGGGAUGGGUUUGCCAGGGACGAGUGAGUCGCGUCAGAUGUUGAUCGAUGAAGCGCCAGAUAAGUUCGACAACUGGAAGCACAGAGAAUGGGGCACCAGCGCGUUAUCGGUAUCACGAGUUUUUGGCCCGGUCCUUGCGAGGCGCUUUACUGGCAAGUGGAAGAACAUGAAGCUAUAUGUUGAGGUCUGGCCCCUCCUCAACCUCGGGGAAACAGGAAUUGAGUACUUCGUCGAGGCGUCUUUCAAGACGAAGAGCCACACGACAGCCUCACUCGAGCUGGGCCACUUAGCCGACUUUCUGCAAAAGAAGGGUUGGUUUCUACCGGAAGACGUGCUAAAGACGCGGCUCAUUAUGGAGCGAUACUGA